AAUAAGGACAAGGUAGGAUUUUCCAAGAGAAAAUGAUUCCCUGUCUUUUCGGAUGAACACCGGUGGUCUCCGGUGACUCUCAGCCAAUAGGAAGGCGGAUAGGAUUUAGGCUCGAUGCGCCAUUUUACUGCGUCCACAGCCAUCCGGCAAGAUGGUCCCUUUGCUUUGUCUGCCCUGACUGGACUAGUUAGGCUUUUCGCAGCCUUUUUUCACCCCCGUUCCGCCGUCUCUGCUGCUAAAUUGAUCGGAUCUUAAUCCGGAACAGCGAAUGCACACCACAUCUUUGGGAGUCGAGAAAUGACGAGGACGAACAGUAGGUAAUAAUGAGUCUGACAGCUUCUGAUUCAAACUUGGACCAAAUGGCAGAAAAGGCAGAGGAGCCUGGUAGCUCAACGGACAACAUGAAGCCCUCCUCGUCACAGAGCAGGAGGAAGCCGUCCACUACAACCAAGAACACUGGACUGAAUGAGUCUGACUCCUCCGCUGAUAGUGAAAAUGAUGGGGAAACUUCAGACAAUCCUACUGACGGCAACACAGGAAGAGCAUCCAAAGGUACCUUGGUCAUGAGGCCGGCUGGCAAUGAAAAUAAAGGCGCCAUGAAGCUCAGAGUGGAUUUCAAGCAAAAACAUUCAGAUGACACUCUGCAGAAGAAGGUCAACUGUACUGCCUGUGGAAAACAAGUAAACCAGUUUCAGCGAAACUCUGUCUAUGAACAUCCUGCUCUUAAAGUUCUCAUCUGCAGGUCAUGCUACAAGUAUUACACAAGCGAUGACAUCAGCAGAGACUCUGAUGGGAUGGACGAGCAGUGCAGGUGGUGCGCCGAGGGAGGCAAGCUUAUCUGCUGUGAUUACUGUAACAACGCCUUUUGUAAGAAGUGCAUCCUGCGUAACCUGGGAAGAAAGGAGCUGUCCUCUAUUACUAAUGAGAACUCAAAGUGGAACUGCUACGUGUGCAGGCCAGAGCCUCUCCAGGAUCUGGUCUCCAAAUGCCGCGGCAUUAUUGAAAAGCAAGACGUUCCACAAAAACCAGAAAAGAAGGGGGAACAGGAGCCCAAGAAGCCCAAGAACAAGCCGGCCAACGUACAGAAAGCAGUUGUCAACGGGAAAGAACACACUGAAGGCUCAGGAACCAUGUCGUUUUCCUACAAGAAACUGCACAUACCCAAAGAACUCAUAAAGAAGACAAAAAAGCUUGUUGAAACGACAACUGGUCUCAACCAAACAUUUAUCCAGUUCAUACAGCAGUCGUCUGAGGAGCAGGGAGAUAAGGCUAUCAGGUAUCGGCAUUUAAAAGCAUUUCAGGCCGUGCUCUCCGAUUUGAAGAAGGCCCACACCGCUCUGGAGGAGGCUUUGGAACCUGAGUUGAGAAGUAUGGAGUUACCGAAUGGUAACGAAGGACAAAGUAUAGCACAAAAGACUAAAACUCCGGUGACUCCUGUAGAAAACGACCACGCGGAUACUGCAGUGGACAACGAUGAAGCAGAGGAACUUCAUCAGGAGGAGGACGAUGAGCAGCCAGACCAGGAGGUGGAUGACAAUCUGGACCAGGAGGUGGAUGACAAGCUGGACCAGGAGGUGGAUGACAAGCUGGACCAGGAGGUGGAUGACAGUCUGGACCAGGAGGUGGAUGGCGAGUUGGAGCAAAAACCAGAUUGUGAGCCAAAGCAAGUGGCAGACCAGGAUCCAGAGCAGGUUCAGAACCAGGAAGUGGGCUGUGAGAUGGACCAAAAGCCAAACUGGGAGCCAGACAGUAAGGCAGAAGAAAAGCAGGACAAGAAGCAAGACAAGAAGCAGGACAGGAAGCAGAACAAAAAGGAGGACAAGAAGCAGGACAAGAAGCAGGUGAUGGACGACGAUCAGGCUUCACAUGAGCCAGAAAUGAAAGAUAGCCAAACAGAAGUGGAUACACCAGAAAAGAUAGUGAAAACUGAAGAAUGUGAUGAACUGGUGUCGGCAGAGGAAAUGUCCUUAGAUCACGACAUUGUCUCGGUGCCAACGUCGGUUCCUGAAGAGCUUUUCCAGAUGGUGGAGAGUCUUGCAGAUUCCAGCAUGCUCUCUCAGAAUAACACAGAUGCGAUGACAGACACUGACCUGAAGUCAAAUGAAAAUUCCACAGACUCUUCACAGCCGCAACCGAAGGUCAAGAACCUCAUAGUCAAACUAACUCCUGUGCCGGUGGUUACAACACGCAGUUCAAGGUCCUCCAACAAAAAGCAUGAUGGUGAGGUUGAGAAGAACGGCAAAGAAGAUGCUGAGCAUAAGGAAGAAACGGCUGACACCGUUGACAGGGAGGCCAGCCCGACCCCCAACCGUCGCCCAAGUAGAGUCAAGACUACCCCCUUAAGAAAACAGACUGAGAGCAAGGCCAGGGAGGAUUCCUCAGGUUCAGAUUCUGAGGAGGAAUCUAAGGACGAGGCCAAGUCCUCAAAAAGAUCAGCUAAAGAAAAAAAGGAGGCUAAGAAGCAAAAUAAGGAUUCGGUCACAAAGACGGUCGACUCGGACUCGGACGAAAUCCCUGAUAUUCUGCUGGAAAAAGCAGCAGAAGGAUGUAGCUCAGAUGAGGAUGAGGAAGAGGAAAGCAAAAGUGCAAAAAAGUGUUUGUUUAAACAAAAUAACACAUCUGAGGAGAAUCCAGACAAAAGAUCCAAGCGUAAAAGAAAGUCCGCAAGCUCCGAUUCGGGUGAAGAGAAAAAAAGUAAGAAUGCCUCCAAGAAGAAGAAAAACAAUUCCUCUGACUCUUCGGACGCGGACACAAAAGAUAAAGUGAGCACGGCAAAGAGACGAUCAAGCCGUGUGAAGAAAUCCGAUGAAGCAAAGGAAGAUAAAAAAAAGUCACCUGACGAGAACGAAAAGAAGCGGAAAGGAAGGAGCCCCAAAUCAUCACUGAGGCUGAAGUCCUCCUCCAGUGAGGAGGACGACGAGGAGGAACAGGUUGAAGGUGAGCCCGGAGAGGACAGUGACGAACAGAAGAUCAAACCCAUUGUGGAGGACAACGUGCUCGGAGCUGGUGCACCUUUCCAUCAGUCCUCAGGAGAUGAAGGCGACAAAAAAGAAGGGUCUCGGGUUUAUGAAGACGAUGAUGACGAUCCUGAAAACAGGAUUGCAAAGAAAAUGCUUCUCGCUCAAAUAAAGUCCACCUACUCUUCUGGAGGAGAGAGCUCCUCUGAUAACGACGCAGAAGACAAUGACGAGAAGACCUUGAAGAAAGAAGUCAAACAAUCUGACGACGAAGUGGAUGAUGCAGACGAGCAAAACGAUACAAAUUCAGAUGAUUCAGGCUCUGAUGUUGAGGUGAAAAAGAAGGGUCGGCGCCACACACUUCUCCGACAUAAACUCUCCCUGAGCGAGGGUGAAUCAGACGAGGGAAAAGAUUCCAAAAAAGAGAAGAGCAAAGACGAAAAGAAGAAGUCGAGGCGUAAAGUCGACAGCGACGACUCGGACUCAGACUUUGAUCAGUCAGAGUCCAGUGAAGAAUCCGCUUUCAGCGAGCAGCUCAGUGAGUCAGAAGAAGACGGCAAGCGCCGAAAGACAAGAUCUUCCAAGAAAAAGGAUGAAGAGAAGCAGAGGAGUUACAAGCAGAAGAAGAAGAAGCGCCGCAGAAUCAAAGUUCAAGAUUCCUCCUCCAGCAAUGAGAAGAGUGGGGAAGGAGACGAGGAUGACGAUGAUCUAGAUAAAGACGGCCGCAAAGGACGCAAAAAGAUUCGCAAAAUCCUCAAAGACGACAAGUUGAGGACAGAGACCAGAGAUGCUCUGAAAGAAGAGGAGGAGAGGAGAAAACGUAUCGCUGAGAGGGAGGCACUCAGGGAGAAACUUCGAGAGGUGAUCGUGGUUGAUGAAGCUUCUCCGGUGACUUGUCCAAUCACCACCAAGCUGGUCCUGGAUGAGGAUGAAGAGACCAAGGAGCCUUUGGUGCAGGUGCAUAGGAACCUGGUCACAAAGCUAAAACCUCACCAGGUUGAUGGUGUGCAGUUCAUGUGGGACUGCUGCUGUGAAUCUGUGAGGAAGAUUGAAAAGUCCGCCGGCUCCGGCUGUAUCCUGGCCCACUGUAUGGGUCUGGGAAAAACACUGCAGGUGGUGGCGUUUCUUCAUACAUUGCUGCUCUGUGACAAGAUCAACUUCACCACAGCACUGGUGGUUUGUCCCCUCAAUACAGUUCUGAACUGGCUCAAUGAGUUUGAGAAGUGGCAGGUGGGGAUGAAGGACGAGGAGAGUUUGGAGGUGACUGAGCUGGCCACGGUAAAAAAGGCACAGGAUCGCGCCUACUAUCUCGAACGGUGGCAAGAAAACGGCGGUGUCAUGAUCAUGGGCUACGAGAUGUACCGGAACCUGACGCAGGGCCGGAACAUCAAGAGCAAGAAGCUCAAACAGACUUUUCAGAAGACACUGGUAGAUCCAGGCCCAGACCUGGUGAUCUGUGAUGAAGGUCACAUUCUGAAAAAUGAAUCAUCUGCAGUAUCCAAAGCGAUGAACUCAAUCAAGACCAGGAGAAGGGUCGUGCUGACAGGAACACCUCUGCAAAACAACCUCAUUGAAUACCAUUGCAUGGUCACCUUCAUCAAGGAGAACCUGCUGGGCUCAGUGAAGGAGUUCAGGAAUCGCUUUAUUAACCCCAUCCAAAACGGUCAGUGUGCUGACUCCACACUGCACGACGUCCGCAUCAUGAAAAAGAGGGCUCACAUCCUCUAUGAGAUGCUGGCAGGCUGCGUCCAGAGAAAAGACUACACAGCACUCACCAAGUUCCUGCCCCCCAAACAUGAGUAUGUCCUGUCCAUCAGAGUGACACCCAUCCAGUGCAAACUCUACAGAUAUUAUCUGGAGCACUUCACAGGUGUGGGGAAUGCUUUGGAGGGGGGCCGAGGCCGCGCUGGGACCAAACUCUUCCAGGAUUUCCAGAUGCUCAGCAGAAUCUGGACCCAUCCCUGGUGCCUUCAGCUGGACUACAUCAGUAAAGAAAACAGGGGGUUCUUCGACGAGGACAGUAUGGAAGAGUUCAUCGCCUCCGAAACAGAAGAAUCCUCCAUGAGCCUGACCUCCGAGGACGAGAAGUCCAAAAAGAAAAAGAAGCAGGGGAAGGGGAAAAAGAAGGGAUCUAAUGAUUCUGACAGCGAUGAUGUGGAGGUCAUCAAGGAGUGGAACACCAGCUCUCGGGGCAAGAACGGAGAGGGCAGGAACAGACCAGAGCCGGUGGAAGAACCGCGGCCCUCUGGUUCAGGACCAGGAAGUCCCAGCGCAGACUGGCACAAGGAAUUUGUCACUGAGGCUGAUGCUGAGAUUCUGGAGCACUCUGGGAAGAUGAUGCUGCUCUUUGAAGUCAUGCGCUUGGCAGAAGAGGUGGACGACAAGGUAUUGGUGUUCAGUCAGUCUCUCAUCUCUCUAGACCUGAUUGAAGAUUUCCUGGAGUUGUCCUGCAGAGCUAAGGACGAGGGAAAAAUAUCUCCUUACAAAGGUGAAGGCAAGUGGUUCAGGAACAUCGACUACUACCGCCUGGACGGCUCCACUAACGCCACUACCAGAAAGAAGUGGGCCGAGGAAUUCAACGACACCAAUAAUGUCAGAGGUCGUUUGUUCCUCAUCUCCACUCGAGCCGGCUCGCUUGGCAUCAACCUGGUGGCUGCAAACAGGGUCAUCAUUUUUGACGCCUCAUGGAACCCGUCCUAUGACAUUCAGAGUAUCUUCAGAGUCUACCGUUUUGGACAAAUCAAGCCUGUCUACGUCUACAGGUUCCUUGCCCAAGGUACAAUGGAGGAGAAGAUUUAUGAAAGGCAGGUGACCAAGCAGUCCUUGUCAUAUCGGGUGGUGGACCAGCAGCAGAUAGAAAGGCACUUUACCAUGAACGAGCUAACUGAGCUCUACAACUUUGAGCCCGACCUGCUGGACGAUCCAUCCGAGAAGAAAAGCAAGAAGGCCACGCCCAUGCUCCCUAAGGAUCCUUUCCUGGCUGAGAUGCUGCAGAACAAUAAGGACCAGAUUGUUUGUUACCACGAACACGACUCCCUGCUGGACCACAAAGAGGAGGAAGCCCUGAGCGAGGAGGAUCGCAAGGCAGCCUGGGCCGAGUACGAAGCAGAGAAAAAGGGUCUUUCCAUGAGGAACAACUACCAGACGGCGUACCCCCACAUGGACAUGGGCACCUCCAGCUACAUGAACUACAACGUGGCAGCUCUGGCUUCACUGUCCAACCAGCAGCUGGAGGAGCUCAUAAACCAGGGACGACAGAAAGUCAUCGAAGCGACAAAUUCGUUGAAGUCGUUACAGCGGGAGUCACUGGAGGACACCAUUGGUAAAUUGUGGGAGGAGAACCCGGCACUCACCGAGAAUCAGGUCCAGUCCAUGUCUCUGGCCCGACAGGCCACGGUCGAGCUGGAGAUCAAGCGCAGGGAGGCGGUGUACAGAGACGUUCUCACCAACCAUCAGACGCUGAUGAUGUUCGUGCAGAAGCUAAUCACCAACAGGAAGGUGCAGGAACAGCAGCUGGCCAUAGCCAACCAGGCCAGCUACCUGAACCAGCUAGCCAUGCAGAACGGCAUGAUGGGAGGUGGUGGACUCAGCCAGAUGGACCUCCUGGGGCUGUACCAGCAGUUCCACGGCAUGGGCCCUCGUCAGGGCAUGGGCAAGAAUCCCGGGCCUUCCAAAGGCCUGUAGGUCAGAGAGAUUACUUCUCAGUCACCCCCUCACCCCCGUUCUUCCUCUUUCCUCUUCCUCCCUCCUUAGCAGUCCAGCUCCCAGUGGCACAGUCUGAGUGUGACCCCCAUAACAAACACAAUGCGUGGCAUCUGGGAGCUCAAAGCAGACCAGUGCACGGGGGAAAAGGUGGAGAAGUUUGGACGUUAGACUGCUGUCCACCAGAACUUUAAGUGGGAUAUACUAUGUCUUUAACUCUGUAGUUCAGCGGGAGGAUCGAGUUUAAUGUACAUGAGUGUGUGAAAGAUCUGUUAGGACAUUCAGCCGUAAAAUAAAUGUAUAUACCGCCUUAAUGUUAUUCAAGUUCUAUAUCUUCAGUUUUCAUGUAUUUAAAGACAGUUUUACCCCAAAUGCUCUUAAGCAUUACUUUGUUCCUUCCCUUCAGAGGUUUCCCUUAUAAUUUAAAACAAGCUUUUUAUACUGUUUAAAUUGUCUAACUAAACAGGAGUGGGACCAUUGUUGGUGACAGGCCUCUAUGUUUUAGCUACAUGAUUAUUAUUAUCAGCAGCAACGGUAGAUUUUUACCACCAACAUCUGUUGGUGCUGCGAAAUCCUGCUCUUUUUAGGAGACAAAAUACACUGAGUAGUGAAGGAAAUUAUUGAGGGAGAAAAAAAAUGUAACAUCGGCCUUAUAUUUGAUUUUUUUUUUUUUUUUAAAUCUCUGUAAAGUUCUGAGAUUUUAGAACUUUUUCUAUUAUGCUUUUAAUGAUAAAUGUCGUCACUGAACAUGUAAAUGGAAUGCUUGUGUUGUUCAAAAACUGCCUGUGGGUUCCUGCGACCCUCUCAUGACAUCACUCUCAUCGUCAUGUGUUGUCUAGCAUAGCACUGUGCAUCCUGUCCAUUGUUUAUGUUCCACCUGUGUUGGUCCCAGACUCGGGUGAUUGACUGGGUCUCACAGAGCGAAAAACCGCUGCAGCCAUGUAUCAUGACAGGGCCCAAAAAAGUUUCCCUUUUACUCUGCUGUCGCGCUCUGAAAUGUCUUUUUCAGGUUGGACUUGACAGGAAGACGUAAGGACUGGAAAUCUUAUUAUACCUGGCUGAUUUGUGUUUUCGGCUCUGUGAGGAGAAACUGGACACUGUAGUCUCACCCAGACUACCUGUGUUCUACUUUGGCACAUUCUUGCUUCUAAAUACUUCAACUGGUGUAGCUGUUAACCAUGAGGAAUAUGUACAUUUCUCAUUCGAGAGACGCCUUUUGUCUCUAGUCGGUUCCUGUGUUUGCACAAGGUGUAUUUCAUACGUGUAGGAAAAAAAACAAAAAAAAACCCUUUUUUGCCCUCUUCUAAGAAUGUUCUUAUGUUAGCAAAUACACCAACUUGAUUUGCCAUGAGUUUGAUCUGCUAUUAUCUUGAUAAGUAUUUAAUAUAACAUUUAAUAAAGUGACCAAAAGGAUGGGCA